AUGGGGGUGUACCUCAGCACGCCCAAGACGGACAAGCUCUCCGCCGAUGGAGAGAACAGACGCCUCCGGUUCGGCCUCUCCUCCAUGCAGGGGUGGCGGACCACCAUGGAGGACGCGCAUGCUGCGUUGCCAGACCUUGAUGACUGCACAUCCUUUUUUGGUGUUUAUGAUGGCCAUGGUGGAAAAGGCGUAUCGAAAUUCUGUGCGAGGCAUUUGCAUAAACAAGUGCUUAUAAAUGAUGCAAAUUCAUCCGGUGAUUUGCCAGCUUCUGUCCAUAAAGCUUUCUUAAGAAUGGAUGAGAUGAUGAAAGGCCAGAGGGGUUGGAGAGAACUAACUGAGCUGGGAGACAAGGGAAACAAGAUCUCAGGUAUGCUAGAGGGCAUAAUAUGGCCUCCCAAGGGUGGUGAUUCAGACAAGAUAGGGGAAGAUUGGGAUACUGAGGAGGGUCCAAAUUCGAAUUUUCCUGGACCAACAUCUGGAAGCACAGCUUGUGUGGCUGUCAUAAGAAAUGAUCAGCUAAUUGUUGCAAAUGCUGGGGAUUCCCGGUGUGUUAUCUCACGGAAGGGUCAGGCUUACAAUUUGUCAACAGAUCACAAACCAGAUCUUGAGGAAGAGAAAGAGAGGAUUUUGGGUGCUGGCGGAUUUAUUGUUGCCGGGCGGGUCAAUGCAAGUUUGAACUUAUCUAGGGCAAUAGGUGACAUGGAACUGAAGCAAAAUGAACUUCUGCCGGCCGAGAGGCAGAUUGUGACAGCUGAACCCGAAUUGAAAAUAGUCCAGCUCUCGGAGGAUGAUGAAUUCAUUGUUUUAGCUUGUGAUGGAAUUUGGGAUUGCAUGUCAAGUCAAGAAGUAGUUGAUUUUGUACAUAAACAGCUAAAGACUGAGGAUAAGCUAUCCAGCGUGUGUGAGAAGUUGCUCAACCACUGUGUGGCACCUACAUCUGGUGGCGAGGGAUGUGAUAACAUGACCGUUAUCGUGGUUCAGUUCAAGAAACCAGCUUCAGCUGUCGCUACUUCUAGCACCGAGCAGUCUGCUGCCACUGCAGAAGAGAUGCGGCCCAAGUAA